GUUCAACCCCUUGCCCCACUCUGCGUAGCCGUAAGACUCCCAACGGCCGAGAUAGAGGCCGUAGUGCACCUGCUAAGUCUGCAAGUGACUCACCAGGACCUCGGGUGUCUCUUCUGAGCGGCGAGUGACUUGCGCAUCGUUUUAUGUAUCCCGAAAAAUACGCAGAAAAAGCAAGUAUCCUAUACCUCCUGUCAACACCCAAUCUGCUUCGCCCAUACUUGGGGUACUCGAAGAUCAAUUUUCAACAAAGACGAUCGAACUCCCUGUUGUAGUGCAGCAAUGGACGUCGUCAAGUCUCUCUCCAGGGCUGCCAGGCUAUGUCUCGUGGGCUAUGUCGCGCUCUCCGUUCUGUUUACGACGAACUACUACUUGCUGUCGCCUUUGCUUGCACACUCUCAUUCUGCCCUUUCGUUCCCUGCAUCUCCCUGGUCACGCUUCUCCACACCAAUCGAGGCAAAGAAGAACGAAGCGGUCCUGAAGCCAAGCGCUGAAACUAGCCUGUCUCUGCCUGUGGACCUCUCUGACGCUCUAUGGCCCGAAGACAUCUCUGCCUCCGAGGCGCCGCUUUUCUUCCCUGUCUCGGAAUUGGUGCAACAUCUUGGCAUGGACCAUGCAACCAGCACACCUGUCCAGGAAGCAACCCUCCUUAGCAAGGCGUUCUCGGGAGCGCUUCAUCCAACGCGCAUCAUCCCAUUCUACUACCGCUCGACGGGUUUGGUGGACCCAGACGACGUGACGAUCACAACGCUCGUGACGCGCAACAGAUUCAAGGUCUUCCGUCAGCUCGUCGAGAGGUAUCGCGGCCCGAUCUCGGUGACGGUGCAUAUACCCUUCCCGUCCCAUGCUUCACUCGCCUCGCUCGCGCAGACGCACCCGUCCGUCGUAGCGCUGCAGCGCCUGCACGCACUCUACAUGUCCUCGCCACUGUUCUCGAUGCACGUCGACGUCCACCUCGCGCUUUCGCCCUUCGCCGCGUCUGCGCGUGGCGACGGUGGCGAUACCACGGAUGAGGACGAGGGCGAGGGUGAAGGAGGGCGUCAAUUCAACGUGUGGAGGAACGUUGCGAAGCUCUUUGCCAGAACGGAGUUUGUCAUGAUGCUGGACGUGGACUUUGCCGUCUGCACGGAUUGGCGCGGCGCCUUACGGGAAGCGAUCGACCUUGCGAGAAGCACAAACACCCCAAACGGCGAACAAGAGCAGACUUCGAGCACCACUUCCACGAGCGGCGAUGUCAUGCAACGCCUCAGAGAAGGCCGUGCCGCGCUCGUGGUGCCCGCGUUCGAGUAUACGAACCUCGCGGACGGAGUGGACCAGCGAACCUUCCCGACGGACAAAAAAAGUCUUCUCCGCUUGGCCCAAGCUGACCCGCCGAAAGUCUCCGCGUUCCACGCGAUGUGGGCCGCGGGUCACAACAGCACUGACUAUAUGCGCUACUUCUCCAUUCCCCCGGGGAGCGGCGAGAUAUACCGGGUGGCGGAGUACCAGAGCGCGUACGAGCCGUACGUCAUCGUUAGCAAGCGGGUCUCCUGGUGCGACGAACGCUUCACAGGGUAUGGCGCGAACAAGGCGGCAUGCUUGUUCGAGAUGUACCUCAGCGGUGUCUCUUUCUACGUUAUGGCAGACCAUUUCCUCAUCCACCAGACGCAUACAUAUGAGGAGGCGGCACGCCGAGAGGAGAGGAAAUACAACCGCAAGCUAUAUGCGGAUUUCAAGGAGGAGGCUUGUCUGCGGUACUUGUUCCGAUACGCCCAUGAGGGAGUGUUGCAUACGACGCGAGGCUUCAACGUGCAGGAAGAAUGCAAGAAGCUCAAAGGCAUCGCAAGGAUCGCUACCCAGCUCCUAGAACAUGAAUUGAAGGCAAAAUGAGGAUGUCAGGCUUCUGGAGACAUUUCGUAGGUUCUGUGCAAAUCAUAUCAGUUUGUUCCACUGGUAUCGUUCGUCGUGGCAUCCUUUCUAUGCUUAUGCAGACAGCCAAAGCUAGAUACGUCACUCCAACGAUUUGGCCCGAUGCCAUGUUCU